AUGAGAAGUGACAAUGAGAGCUUCUUGGGGGAUACCCCAAACUAUUUCAUCCUUCUAGGUGUUUCUGACAGACGGUGGCUGGAGCUAACCCUAUUUGGGGUCCUCCUGGUGUCCUAUGUUCUGGCCAUGUUGGGGAACAUUUCCAUCUUCUUGGUAUCGAAGCUGGAUCCUCUGCUGCAGAGCCCUAUGUACAUCUUCCUGAGCCACCUCUCCUUCCUGGACCUCUGCUACACCACCACCACGGUCCCGCAGGUGCUGGUCAACACAGGCAGCUCCAGGAAGACAAUCAGCUACGGUGGCUGCACAGUGCAGUAUGCGGUUUUCCACUGGCUGGGCUGCACCGAGUGUAUCCUCUUGGCCGCCAUGGCCCUGGACCGUUACGUGGCCAUCUGUGAGCCCCUGCGGUAUGCUGUUAUCAUGCACCGCACCCUCUGCCAUCAGCUCGUGCUUGUGUCCUGGAUCAGCGGCUUUGGAAACUCCCUCGUUCAGGUCAUCCUGACUGUGCCGUUGCCAUUCUGUGGGAGGCAGGUGCUGAACAACUUCUUCUGUGAGGUGCCGGCCAUGAUCAAGCUGUCGUGUGCUGACACCAAUGUGAAUGACGUCACACUGUCUGUGUUGGUGGCCUUCUUUUUGCUGGUACCCCUUGGUCUCAUCCUCCUCUCCUAUGGCUUCAUUGCCUGUGCGGUGCUGAGGAUCCCAUCCUCCACUGGACGGCACAAAGCCUUCGGGACCUGCUCCUCUCAUCUGGUGGUGGUGUCCCUCUUCUACUUUCCUGCCAUGUAUAUGUACCUGCAGCCCCCUUCCAGCUACUCCCAAGAUGUGGCCAAGUUUAUCUCUCUGUUCUAUUCCAUCAUCACCCCCAUCCUCAAUCCCUUCAUCUACACCCUGAGGAAUAAGGAUAUGAAAGGAGCACUGAGAAGACUCCUGUCAAGGAUCUGGGGUCUUUACAGACAAAGAAGUUCUAGGAGACAGUUUCAAAAAUGUGGCAAAUAG